GAAACAAAAGACUGUUGUCCAGAUUCAUCGUCGUCCACGUGGAAGCUGGUUGUUGGUAUUUCUGUCGGAAUAGCUGCUCUCCUGGGUCUUAUAGUCAUCAUGGUAUGUGUCGGCAGGCGACGAAACUGGCCACAGAAGGUACAAAAGGGUGUAUAUUCUUUCAAGAAAAAGCCUUUCGUCCCUGACAGACUCGAGUUGAUUGCUUUACUUGGCGAGGGGAAGUUUGGUGAGGUGUGGAAGGCUCGAGCUCUCAAUGUCCUCUCAAGUGGACAGUGGGACUUCGUGGCUGUGAAGAAGUGCAAAGGCAAUGCCACAGAGGCAGUACGACAAGACUUCAAACAUGAAAUUGAACUCAUGAAGUCGUUACCGAAGCAUCCACAUGUUGUGAACUAUCUCAGUUCUUCUACCAAAGCAGGUUCUGAUAUGCUGUUACUGGAGCUUGCUCCACUGGGCAAUCUGCUCAACCUUUUACGCUCAAGACGCCCGAAACCGGGUGCUGGAAGUCUGCCAAGGUCACCAAGUCCAAGUGCCGAGACACAGGAACUGACAUCUGAACAACUAACAAUGUUCGCGCACCAGGUCGCUAGAGGAAUGAAACACCUGCAGUAUAACAGAAUCAUUCACCGUGACCUGGCAGCCAGAAACGUGCUUCUUGGUGAGAAUUUGGUCUGUAAAGUAUCCGACUUUGGCUUGGCCAGACAACUCUCAGACACAAACGAAGAUGCAUACGAAACAAAAUCUGAAGGUCCGCUUCCUAUCCGGUGGAUGGCUCCAGAAUCUCUCAAAGACAGAUUGUUUUCUACCAAGUCUGAUGUGUGGUCCUUUGGCAUCUUACUAUGGGAGAUCGUUACGCUAGGAGCAAGUCCCUACCCGGGGCAGUCUGCCAGGGACGUCAUGAAUUUCGUGACGACAGGAGGAAGGAUGCCCAGGCCAGACCACUGUGCUCCGGAGUUGUUCUCUCUGAUGCCGAAGUGUUGGUGCCAGGAUCCGGAGUCUAGACCGGACUUUGAGGUUCUGAGCAGUGAGCUGGACACCCUGUUGGAGGAGUCUGGCGACUACAUCAAGCUGUCGGACUACCAUAACCUGUAUUUGAUCUUACAGGGACAGUCUGGUAACCUAGAGGAGAAGGUCUGAGAAUCAGCUGAGAACAAUCUGGACGCUACUGUCAGACCUCUGGGGAGGAAUAUCUCGCUCCUGUACAAAUAGCUCCUAACGUCUUCUCGCAAUACAUUAUUCUCAUGUUAUUGUUUUGUUGGAAUAUCUAACACCCGUGAUGUUGUUUGUUUGUUUUAUUCAUGAAAGUAUCACAGCGUGUCAUUUUUAUAAACAGUCUGCAGUC